AUCGUCACCGCAGAAAAGAAUUUCUGUUUCCCUUCAAUGAGAUGGAGAAUCCGAGAAUGGGAUAAGACCGCGCCGCGCGCGCUCUCCUCUCCGCCACUCUCACCGUCGCCUGCCCCGCCAUGACUUCCUUGCUGUUGCCGCCGCCGCAGGCGGCUGCCGCAGCGUACGGAUGCUGCCACUGUCUCCUGCUCGCUUCUACCACCGUGCCGGCGAGGAGUGGGUGCGUGGGACGCGCCAGCAGAAUCACGCUCGCGCUCCGCUGCCUCCCGAUUACCGGGCACAGGCUGAGGAGUCGAAAGGUUGCGUGCCAAGCGACGACUGAGACCGAGCCCGAGGGCAAUGGCGACGAGGAGGAUAAGAAAGAGUUUGGAGAUGAUGCUUCAUCACCUUCAGUUUAUAAUGUUGCAGAAGCAAAUGGGCCGGGAGAAAAUGACUCGAGUUUAGACAAUAAGAAAGAUGAAACCACGAAUGCAGAAGCAGCACUGCUGAGCUCCGGCGACACGGUCCAGGACAUGGAUGCAGAUGCUACUUCUACCAAUGGCAUACAAGAAAAUGUGGAAGUUAUUGAAGUUGCUAGUGGAUCUCCAUUGCCAGGAAUGAAGCAACAGCUUGAUGAUUCUGUCAGGAUCCCCAAGGCUACAAUAGACAUUCUAAAGGAUCAGGUUUUUGGAUUUGACACAUUUUUUGUAACAAGUCAGGAGCCUUACGAGGGUGGAGUAUUAUUCAAGGGAAAUCUUCGUGGUAAACCAGCCAAAAGUUAUGAGAAGAUCACAAGUCGGCUACAGAACAAAUUUGGUGAUGAAUAUAAGCUUUUUCUUCUCAUCAACCCAGAGGAUGAGAAGCCAGUUGCUGUGGUUAUACCCAAGCAGACAUUACAGCCUGAAACUACAGCGGUCCCAGAAUGGUUUGCUGCUGCUGCAUUUGGAUUAGUUACCAUCUUCACUCUGCUACUUCGAAAUGUACCUGUUCUACAGGAGAACUUGCUAUCAACAUUUGACAACCUUGAGUUGUUGAAAGACGGACUAUCCGGUGCUCUAGUAACUGGCCUUAUAAUAGGGGUGCACGAAAUUGGACAUAUCCUUGCUGCCAGGGAAAGUGGAAUCAAGCUCGGCGUGCCAUAUUUUGUUCCUAGCUGGCAGAUAGGAUCUUUCGGCGGGAUUACCAGAAUCGUCAAUAUCGUCCGCAACCGUGAGGACCUACUGAAGCUAGCGGCUGCUGGACCAUUGGCCGGGUUUUCCUUGGGAUUCGUUCUUCUGCUGCUGGGCUUCGUCUUGCCUCCAAGUGAUGGCCUUGGCCUUGUGAUAGAUCCAACCGUCUUCCAUGAAUCGUUCCUCGUUGGUGGUCUCGCGAAACUUCUUCUCGGAGAUGUUUUGAAAGAAGGGACGCAGUUAUCCAUAAACCCGCUUGUUCUAUGGGCCUGGGCCGGUCUCCUGAUCAACGCUAUCAACAGCAUACCCGCUGGGGAGCUUGACGGCGGCCGCAUAGCGUUGGCCAUGUGGGGAAGAAAGGUAUCGUCCCGGAUCAGCAGCCUCGCCAUCGGGCUGCUCGGGGUCGCGGCUCUCUUCAACGACGUCGCCUUCUACUGGGUGGUGCUGAUCUUCUUCCUGCAGAGGGGCCCCAUUGCUCCUCUCUCCGAGGAAAUCACAGACCCUGAGAACAGCUACAUCGGCAUCGGUGCUGCCAUUUUGCUGUUUGGGCUUCUGGUCUGCCUGCCCUACCCGUUCCCCUUUGACCCGUCGCAGUUAACUGAUAUGGAUUUCAACUUCUGAGAAAAGGAAACCAAAAAAAAAGCAGUUACAACUCACCGGAUGAGAUGUAUUUAACCUGUCGGCUCUGUAUUCUGCUGUGUCAUCUUUUGCUCCAUUGCUCCUUGUAGUAGCCAAUAAAAGCAGAGCUUUCUUGUGUAAGCUUGCCUGUUGUAUUAGUAGGAUGCUCGAUCAGAGUAGAAUAUAGAUGUUAUUUUGGCUGUAACUGUUACCUGUCAGUUGUGGCUUAUCAACAAUAGGUUCCUUGUCAGAGUAUGAUCUAUCAGAUUCAUACGCGAUACUUAGCGUUU